UUUAAUGGAAAGAAUAUUUCUCUUGUUGACACUUGAAAUAACUGUCAAAACGUUCAUAACAAAUCAUUUCUGACAAGUUAACAUAUAGUCAUGCUUAAACACGCUCUAUUUUUAACAAUUUUACUCGUGAAUUUUAUUCCAGUCAAUCCCAGAAGAUUACGCCGUGUAACAAUAGCUGAUCAGGCAGAACUGGACAAAGCUCAACGCAAUGCUGAAUGUUGUGCGAAAAAUAUGCGCUGUUGUGUAAGGGUGCAAUCACCUCCUAUUGAAAUUCGUGCUGUUAUUGCUCGCUGCCCAAAUUUAGGCACCGCCGAAUCCCGCUCACACAUCUCUCGAACCAUGACGAAGCCUAUUAUGGCCGCUAACGAAUUUAAUAUCAAAAGCUUUCAAGGUUUCGAUGAAGAUGAACCUUUAAUACAAUCACGCGUCACAGACUGCCGUAGUAAAAUCAUAAUGACAAUGAAGUUGCACCACCAAGGUGCAAUUGUGUGCAAAUCGCAAUAUAUAGUCGUAGAUCACGUCUAUGAUCCAUUAACAGAUAAAUCUGUACGACUCCUUAAUCCAUACGUCAUCCGUUUGAGACAGGAACCUGUAUCGAAAUCAUUUCACCUUAAAUUCGUUGAUUAUGUGAAUUCUGAAGCGCAUGAAGAAGUAUACAAUAAGCAGGAUGCUAAUUAUACAGGUUGUUAUACUUCUGCACACAGAAAUACAUGUGGGCAAGUCAAAUUUGACGGUAAAGUGAUCCCCUACAGCGAGGGAUUUUGCUGUUCUUGUGAUACAAACAAAAAUCUACAAAGACAACCAGAAAAUCAUAAUACAAAGAAUGAGGAGAUUAUUAGUUAUAGUGAUCCUGCUUAUUUACUUGAUAGAGUUGGAUGCCCAAGAAAUUUUUACAGUGAUUCUGGGACGGACCAACUAGUAAAUGGUAAUGAUGUGAUGAAUCUUACUACCCGAGCUCCAGGCAAAAUCGUAAACUCCACUGAUACUACCCGGCUACAACAUGCCGUGACACAUAAUGUGAGUCCUGAACCAAAGAAACGUGGUGGUAGUGGUUCAUCAAAGGGGCGUUGGAAAUACACUACAUAUACUAAUCAAUUUGGCACGACGCCAGUACCAGAGUCAACCACAUAUCAUCCAUUUUAUUUAAAACGUGAAUUUAAUGAAGAAGACAAGCAACCAAAGUCUUAUUUACAAAAAAUAUCAACGGCCGCGACAAAGAAAUACAACCAACAGCAAUACAUGGAUGAUGUAAAGAAGGCACAUAAUUCAGCACCAUAUUUAAACCCAGCCGAUGAUACACGCAAUCAGUUUCAAGCUCGUUUGUCUAGAAAACUGCGCCAGACGUUCCCGAGCGGUGUGCAGAAAAGAGGUGGACAAAAUUGCGCUGAUAGAUAUACUCCACCAGGAUUAGACCCCGAGCAUUAUCAUGAAAGCACUCAUUGUCUACGUUUUUCAGACGUUUGGUAUGGAAUUUAUAAACUUGGUGAACCUAACAUCGAACAGGUUGUUUACCUCAAUAUCUACGAACGAUUUGAAACACCAUCUAGGGCAGACAAAUGGCGUGAAGUGACCAACAAAACUAUACGUUUGGGAAAUAGAUUUACACAUUAUGAAGAUGAUUUACCGACAAUAUCGAUGACAUUCACCGCGAAAACUUUAUCCGAUGAUCAAUAUUAUGAAAACUGGGAUGCAAAACGUAUUCUUAUACCGGAAGGUGUCAGAUCUUGCGAGAUACAUAAAUAUCCUGAGAUGCGAGGUGGACCCGAUGAAUAUCUUGUGAUCCCAGCUAGUAGGAUUGCUCUAGAAGGCGAUCAAUGUGAUACUGUUGGUGUUGGGUUCGAAGGUUUCUUUAAACAACCUCAAAGGUGUGGAUUACCACGAGGGACGUGUUUACAUAAUCAACCAAAGAAUCUCUGGAGGAACGAUAAACAUUUGGAGCAAAAGAAUAAAAUUGGCUGUUAUUUUCUCAAAUAUCAUGCGAAUAUAACAGCACAACCACUGUUUGUAAACGAAACUACGGGUGAGAAAUAUUUAUUUGUUGAAUAUACAGGUGCGCAUGUCACAAUCAUCGACAUUGAAAUCAAAGCAGAUCAGAAUUCUGUCAUAAGAGACAUUGCAAAUGCUGCAAUUACCGAAGUGUAUGUUGAUAGUACUUGCGGAAAGUAUACAAAGUUAACUAUCAAAGUAAUUAACACUGGUUUGAUUUCCUCCAAAUUUAUGGUACAGCUAUCAGAUUUUCCAUUGGAACUACCUGAAUACUUCAGUAAAAUACGUUCUAAGCUUGUGCUCAUUCCCCCUCAAAAUUUACAUAUUUUUAACUUGGAAAUAAAAGCUGCACUACCGAGUGAUCUCAUGUAUUGCUCGGUAGAAGUACUCAACAAAAAGAAGGAACUGGUUGCUUUACGUCGUGUGAGGAUUCAGAAGUAUGAUAGAUGUAUCUGCGCUUGGUACUGUCUAUGCGCAUGUGUCGCCUCCAUUACUGGAUUGAAAUGUAAUCCAAUGUCUUUAGAACAUUACCACGCUGCAGGAUUCGAGGGUUCUUUACCGAUUGUUACCUACAUGGUGCAUUUCACUAUGCUGGAUGAUUUGCUAUCGGUGGCGUUUUAUUUUAUUUUGUUUCUUCUUGGAUUACUGCUACUUUUGGGUUUGUUUAAAGCAUUGCUGGGCUUAUGUAUCAUGAGUAUAGGAAUGUGGGGCCUGCCAGUUGUUCUUGAUAUUCCAAAGCCCAUGAAAAGAUACUACGAACGCAGUUUGAGAAAGGAAGCAGUAAUCUACGAUGAGAAAGGCUGGCCUAUUAAUCCAUUUUCCCAUAAACCUGCAAGGAAUAUUUCAAUUGCAACCGCAUUUUGCUCGAAUCUUGUAUUUUUUUACACGUAUCCAUUAGCGUGUACGGUGAUUAUAUUCAGGAGAUUAUGUUGUCCGUACUACACGAGACAAGCAUCCGGACGUAAUAAGAAACAUUCCAAAACGACCUGUACAUGUCGUAAGAAGAAGGGUCGUCCAUGUGGCGCUCCCAAUUGUAUUCGAAAAUCAUGUAAACAGAAAGAGCUCCCGUGUAAAAAAAAAUCUUCAUUAAAAUGCACCGAGACAGAUUGUUCUGUUGGUUCACGUAAGAAUGUUCAUUCGCCAAAAUCCUCACAUGCAUCUAAUAAGUCUACCACAUUUGGCCACAAAAAUGAAGCACCUAUUGCUGCUUAUACAUAUUCGAAAUAUAAAGCGCCCUUUGCAAAAACAGCUGAAAAACUCAAAACAAAGACAAGAUAUGAGAAAUUGACAAGUCCAGCCAGUUCUACUAAUACCAGCACUACCAAGCUUCAGUCUGUAGGUAAUAUUGCAAGUGGGGAAGUACCUGAAGUCACUACUUCUUCAGAAGGAGAUGACACAUCGGUUCGAUCAGUUUCGUUAACAUCUACUACAACACCCCCAAGAGAAAAGCGUACUCCUGUUGUUUGUAAGACGGAUAGACGAAAAAAUUCGCGUCGAUCACGUCGUAUUAGUCCACCAUCGACUAUUUCACAAACUUCUUUAAUAACACCUGACAUGAUUGGGUCCAAUGCAACUUCUUGUUCGCCGACUUCAAUUGAAACAAGUGCUACUGCAGAAAGUAUUGCUGCUGAAAGCGUUGCGGUUCAAACCAAUCCGCAAACGGAUGAAAAAAAUGUAGGCGAAAAUACAACAAGUAAUUCCGAUCCAAAGAAGUCUUUAAAAUCUAGUAGACCUAGAUCUAUGUGAAGAUUUUUUUUAAAUAUAUUCUUUUAUACUGCAA